UGCUGCGGUGGGAAGAAAAUUGGGAGUGGAGGGCGGUGGCCUAGAUCCUCCGCUCCUCGUAUUCCUUCUUGCAGCAGAGCUUGGGAGUCAAUCUGGCUCCAGUAAUGGUUAUCUUCACCCUGGCUCUCUGCCGGCCGAGAACGUUAUCUAUGACUUGAACGUUUCCCUACUGCCCUCUCUUUUCCUUGGGAGCCUGCAGUAAGGAGAUGCUACCUGAAGUAAUGAGGUCCCUGGUGCCUAUUCGCUUCUGGAAUUGCAAUAGAAAGAGAGAUAUGAACAUUCAAACAAUCUCUGUGUCUGUUACUUAUUUCUCAGAAAGAGGUACACAAAUAAAGGAUAAGGUAUUUUAUGAAACAGAAUCUUCAAUCAAGUAUAACAUUUUGAUGCUUGGCAGCUAGACUCCUUGUGCCCUCACUAUGCCAGCAGCAACGGUAGAUCAUAGCCAAAGAAUUUGUGAAGUUUGGGCUUGCAACCUGGAUGAAGAGAUGAAGAAAAUUCGUCAGGUUAUUCGAAAGUAUAAUUACGUUGCUAUGGACACAGAGUUUCCAGGUGUGGUUGCAAGACCUAUUGGAGAAUUCAGGAGCAAUGCUGACUAUCAGUACCAACUAUUGCGGUGUAAUGUAGACUUGUUAAAGAUAAUUCAGCUAGGACUGACAUUUAUGAAUGAGCAAGGAGAAUACCCUCCAGGAACUUCAACUUGGCAAUUUAAUUUUAAAUUUAAUUUGACGGAAGACAUGUAUGCCCAAGACUCUAUAGAGCUACUAACAACAUCUGGUAUCCAGUUUAAAAAACAUGAAGAGGAAGGAAUUGAGACCCAGUACUUUGCAGAACUUCUUAUGACAUCGGGAGUGGUCCUCUGUGAAGGGGUCAAGUGGUUAUCAUUUCAUAGUGGUUAUGACUUUGGCUACUUAAUCAAAAUCCUGACCAAUUCUAACUUGCCUGAAGAAGAACUUGACUUCUUCGAGAUCCUUCGAUUGUUUUUUCCUGUCAUUUAUGAUGUGAAGUACCUCAUGAAGAGCUGCAAAAAUCUCAAAGGCGGUUUACAGGAGGUUGCCGAACAGUUAGAGCUGGAACGGAUAGGACCCCAGCAUCAGGCAGGAUCUGAUUCCUUGCUCACAGGAAUGGCCUUUUUCAAAAUGAGAGAAAUGUUCUUUGAAGAUCAUAUUGAUGAUGCCAAAUAUUGUGGUCAUUUGUAUGGCCUUGGUUCUGGUUCAUCCUAUGUACAGAAUGGCACAGGGAAUGCAUAUGAAGAGGAAGCCAACAAGCAGUCAUGACAUGAAAUAGUCCUUUUUAUUUUAUUUGAGCUACACACAUGCUUGUAUAUAGGUUUUAUCUCUGGUUGAAUCCCUUGAACAACAGACAGAACUUUUUUUUCUUUCAUAUCCCAUUUUAUUUUUUGUCUUUCAGUACUAAGUAUGACCAUUCCUAUUUCAGAGCUUAAAUAGAAAAGCAUUCAGGUUAAAUCUGGCCUUAACUUAAUAUCCUUGUUAGCAGGCGUGUGUGGCAGAGUGGGAAAGCUGCAUCAUAUAAACUUGACCGACUUGAGCUUGGCUUGUGUUUCCCUUUUCUAAAUUAACUAGCACUGACUGUAAUUUAUUUCCUUGUUUCAUGUCUCCCUUCCAUUCUGCAGGAGUUUUAGCUUUUUGAGAUUGCGGACCAUCAAUUUUGCACUUUAGAGAGUGAUUCUGACUCAGAUCCUCUGUUUUAGCAGAAAAUUUUCUUGCUCUUAGCUGGAAAAAUGACCAUCUGCCAACUUACAAAGUAUUUACUUGUUUUUGACCCGUGAAAUAUAUAGCACAUACAUUGUGCAAGUGGUUGAUUCAACAAGACUACAAAAAAAAAAAAAAAAAGACAAAAAACUACUGAGAAGCUUAAUAACUGCUGUUUCUGUACGUAGUGUUUAAUCUUCCAAGCACAUCUAGUGUCUGUCAGUUUCUAAUUGGCAUGUGUAGGCUGCUCUAUGACUGGAGAACUUUUCAAACCAGCUUUACACCCUUCAGGAAAAUUCCUUGUCUGUGAUUGGAUGUUUGUUGUCUGCCAGAAAACUGGCCUCCACCGAUGUUGAAGCUGCAGGUUUUUGAUAGCACACUUCCCUUGAUCUGCUUCUUUUUAUCCCAUCACUGUUCACCCUUAUUUUAAAUUUUUUUAAAUUUUAUAGCCAUACUUACGAGCUCUUGUUGUUGAUUCCACAAAUCAAUUUCAUUAAAGUCCAAAGAUAGCAAAUCUUUAGGUAUAUUUUGUACCAAAUUAAAUUAGGAGACAAAAAUUGUGCUUUCAUAGUUGUUAACAAAAAUAAAGAAUAGAGAGAUUUGGUGCACAAUAAAAUACAAAAAUAUAUGUGUUAGCUAUGUGUGUUUAUGGAAUACACAUAUAGCUAAUAAAAUUACCUGAGGAGUGUAAUGUUUGUUUAUUUUUUGUGUAUAUCUUUGCAAUCUAUUUUAUAUAUAUUGACAAAAGAGACUGUGAAAUAUUUAGCCAUGCAGAAUAUGUGACUAGACCAGAGCAUGUGUAGGAAGACAUUUUGGUAAUCAUUAAUUCUACCCGGAAAUUAUGGACUGCAAGUUAUGAUGUGUGUUAUCUACACUUCAAUCAGUAAUAUUAGCAAAUCUCCAAAUGUUAGCCAGAUGGGUGUGUUUUCCUUGUACAUUCUUUAUUCAUGGUAUUACAGUGCUGUAACUGGGUGGUCCUUUUUAAACAAAACAUUAUUUGCAAAACAGAGGGUAUUAUUUGUUUUUAAAGCUUUUGUAAAUAAAGGCUUCAGAAAUGUUUUCUUAUAUAUGUUGAUGACUGGUAAUUUUGUUUUGGAAAUAUUUAUUUGGGGGAUAUAUUUUUUUAAAAAGUUUGGGCAACUGAACAGGACUCAGUAACUUCAUUAAUUAUAGCUAAUUACUGAAAAAUAAGUCUGCGCCUUCUGCGUUCUGACAGUGUUGGCUUGCCCUUUAUGCAUACCUCAGCUAGAUGCUAAGAACUGAUUUCUGUCUCUGCAGGAACGCAUUCAUUCUGAAAGACAAAGUAAAUGCACUUGACAUAACAAUGGCAGCUUUGUAAAGCUGAUGCAGUAUAGCAGAUGUCUAAUUAUUUCCUUUUGAUCACCUCAAAAAAAAAAAAGUGCAUUUUGAAUAGCCACAUAGUUGCUGAAUUUCAUAGUUUGUGUCAGUUUUAGUUUCUGUCUCUAAGAAGUGAUUAUUUUAUGAUUUCUAUAAGAGAAACAUUGUGACCUUUACUAAAUCUAGCUUUUGGAUAAAAGAUACGAGGCUGAUACAUUUUUAAUAUUCCUGAGCCAUUAAUUCCAGACUCACUAUACCUGGUAAAUGGAGAGCAAGGGCCCCCAAACCAAGGCCUGCAGGCCCAAGCCGGCGGGACGCCUGUCGGUGUGGCUGACCAGAGGAGAAUGGAUGGCUUUUACAGUUUUAAAGUUGUUGGGAAGGAAUAUGUUCUGACAUGUGAAAAGCAUACGAAAUGUAAAUUUUAGUGCCCAUAAAGGCAGCUUCAUUGGAGUACAGCCACACUCGUUUACAUACGCUGACCACGGGUCGCCCUGCAGUGGGGGAACCGAGUAGUUGCUGCAGAAACUGCCUGUGGCGUUCCCGUCGUCUCUCCUUUCUGCGUGGUGUGCCGCAAAAGCGGGGACGUAGAUGCAGGCCCUGACAGCGUUUGGAGGGUACCGCACUAUUUUACUGUCCUUUCUGUUACUGAUUCAUACCAGUUGUGUCUUACGAAAAGUGCACUUUGAAUGGUGUGUUUUUAAGGCGCAUUGAAGUAUGGAUUAUCUUAUCAAAUGAUAUCUUGCCGUGACACCGUAUGCUAAAAAAUACCACAGAUGUUGACACAACCAGGCUAAAGUCUCAUCUUAAUAAUCCCAACUCUUGGGAAAGCAAUAUUCAGGAGAAUUAGAAACUUGAAGAUGGAAUAACUCAUCACACCAUUUCACAAAAAUUAAAAAUGAAAAUGUGGCUGCAGCCAGAGGACAUUUGCAGGUGGCCUGCCAGUUGGCCAGGCAAAGCCACUUAACCGAUGGUGAGUUAUACCAUGUUUCUCCAAUGCAGUAGCCCAGAGAGGUGUGUCUAGAGAAAGUAAAACAGCCUUUUGAUAAGAACAGUUGCUUAAAGAAUGAGAACAUUCACACAAUCAAAUUAAUUAUAAAACACAAAUGAUCAUGGGUGUUUUUCUUGGUCCGUUAACAAGCCAGUAGUGUCCAGCUCUUACUUGAAAAAUCAAUGCCUAGUUGGAAGUGACUGAAGAAUUAGUUUCUGUUGUACUAACAGGCUGUGGAACAACUACAGGUGUGAAUGUUUUCAAGAAGUGGAGGAGCUAGCAAGUCAGUACAGCCCGAAGUGGGAUCUACCAAGACGGGAUACAACUGAUGGUGGUAAAAAUACACGUGGAGCGAAGUGCGGUUGAUCACAUUUAAAAACGCGAAAAUGGACUAAGGUGUUUGGGUUUGGCGGGGGCCCAUUUCACUGUGUCAUGCACCUUUGUUUUAUUUUCUUCUAAACAAGAAUUAACAUUGUUCAUUGUUAGCCGGUGUCUUUUAUUCCUGCAAAGAUCAUGU